AUGUUUUCACGUUCUGAUCUAAUCGAAUCUGAGGAAUCCAAUAUAUUUUUUGUCUACGAUGCGAUUGAUUCUUCCGAUUUAAAGAAAAGAUAUUUGUUAACUUUACAUACUGUUCGAGCUGAUGGAACCAAAUUCAGGAUUAACAUAUAUGAGGAAGACAUAGUGUUUUUCGAUAUCAAAAUCAAAUCUGAAGAACUGAUACCAGAAUAUAAAGAUGAAUUUUUACCAGAUUAUUAUGAGUUGUUUGUAGCGCAACCUUUCGAUUCGACAGAAAAAUAUCGGUUUCUUCGUUUAUUUUAUCUGUCUCUUAGGGAUCGAAAGAAAGCUUUAGAUAAAAUU